CUUCACCUCUCUCCUAUCGCCUUCAAUACUUCGCCUCUUCCCCCGUUUCUUUUUCCCUUUCUCCUCCCCCUCUUUUUCCCCGACUUCCCAUUUCACCUACAUUCAGUAUGGCCAACGACGAAUAUGAUUUCCUCUUCAAAGUGGUGCUGAUCGGAGACUCGGGUGUCGGUAAAUCCAACCUGCUGAGCCGUUUCACCCGCAACGAGUUCAACCUGGACUCCAAGUCCACCAUCGGUGUCGAGUUCGCGACUCGCUCAAUCCAGGUCGAUUCCAAGACUAUCAAGGCACAGAUCUGGGAUACAGCUGGUCAGGAGCGUUACCGUGCCAUUACGUCGGCUUAUUACCGUGGCGCUGUUGGCGCUCUUCUCGUCUAUGAUAUUAGCAAGCACCAGACUUACGACAAUGUCAACCGGUGGUUGAAGGAGCUGCGGGACCACGCCGAUUCUAACAUCGUCAUCAUGUUGGUCGGUAACAAGAGUGAUUUGCGGCACCUGCGUGCGGUCCCCACCGAGGAGGCCAAGCAAUUUGCCAGCGAGAACAACCUCUCUUUUAUCGAAACUUCCGCCCUUGACGCCAGCAACGUCGAACUUGCCUUCCAGAACAUCCUCACAGAAAUCUACCGCAUCGUUUCCAGCAAGGCUCUGGACUCUGGUGAGUCGAGCACGAACCCACCUGUGGGCCGCACUAUCGACUUCACCCCGCAGCCCAACGAGCAGAAGCAGGGCUGCUGCUAAGGGCCCCGAUGAAAUGGACUGCAACGACUCUUCUUUUUACAAUGUGACUUUGGAAUGGCCAUGAUCUGUGAUGGAGUCUGUAAUUUGAGGCGAAGACGAUACACCCGGCAGGAUCUGGAUACGGUAGAAAACCU